CUGAGCAACAUGCGUCUCCCUGCAACAGUCCUCACAGCAGCAGCGCUGACGAGCGCUGCAUCCGCCCUCCCUCAACCCCGUCAAUCCAAAUGCGCCCCCUUUAGUGGCAACUUUACAAUCAAGCAGUACCAACUUUAUCCCGAGAACGCAGACUUCGACUUCAACUCCUGCAAGCUCUAUGUUGGCCAGCUCUGGAACGCCUCGCUCGGCAUCUACGACCCCUACACCAAAAAGCAUGAGAUUGUCGAGUUCGAAGGCAUCAGCCACAACUCAGCGUUCCACAUGGGAGCCGUCGGCGUCGACCGCAAGACCUGCCUCGUGUCCAUCAUCGCCGACGCCGCAAACGCCUUCCCCUCCGAAGGGAAAGACAUCUCCGGCACGAACUGGCUUCUCAAACUCGACCCGGCCACCAAAUCUCUCCUCUACAAGCUCAACCUCACGGAAACGAGCCAGGGCCGCUACGGCGGCUUCCAAGACGUAGAGCAAGACCCCGACGGCAACGCCUUCGUCGUCGGAACCUGGCCCGGCACUCUCCAUAAGGUUAGCAAAGACGGGAAAACCGUCACGCCGUGGUAUCUCCCCGAGAACAUCGUGCAGACGGAGAAGGGCAUCGGCGGUAUCGCCGCCCUCGACUGGCUGCUCCUCGCCCAGGGCGACGCGAGUGGCAGGAUAUGGCGCUUCGAUAUGCGCGCGGAGAAAGGCUUGCCGUAUCCUGUCCCUAUCACUUCGGGUAACCACUCGUUCAGCGCUUCCGAUGCCAUUUAUCUCCCGCCCCGCUACAACGGUACCGUCUUGCUUGUCGCGGAAGAUAAUGUUGGCAUUAGCGUGUUCAGGAGUAGGGAUGCGACGUGGGAUAGCGCCGAGUUUUUGGGCUUGGUGGGCAGGCCGGCAGACGCGGAGGUGGGUGCGGGGACGAGCGUGGUGGCUCCCGUGCAGGUUGGCGAGGGCGUUUAUAUGGUGCUCGAGCCGUUUGGCGACGAGGGCUUGGGGGGUCCGGGGACAGCAGGGGGUAGGGCGGAGUUUGGGUUUUGGGAUGUUGGUGCGGAGGUGGAUAAGUUGUUGAGAUAGGGGAUAGGGGGUGGUGGUGGGUAUGAUGGUGAGCAUCAUGGAGAGGGUGUUGGUGGUUGAUGUUAUGUCUCAGGAUGUUCUUUACUUGCUGCAGAACGGUUGAUCGGUGCAAGGAGAGAAAUAUCAUCAGCCAGUGGGAUUCCGGUCUCGUCCCCAUUCUUCGCAGACGCGUCCGUUUGAAAAGGUUUG